CAUUCAUGGAGUUCUUUUCUGAUGUUUAAAUUUAUUACAUCAUGUUGGUUUCUUUCGUUGUCCCUUGUUAAAUAUAAGUCAUCAUCUAAACAUACCUCUACAUAUGCGAUCGUUGGUGACCGAAUCUUUAUAUCGACUUACUCUUCUAUAUCAUGUUUAUGUGGACAGUCUCAAUUCGUAAUCUUUAUCUGAAUCUUUUGUUCCCUAGGUGGGAGGAGGGAAGGAACUUCGAGAAAAUGCUGAGGAAGAGGAGCAGGCCAGUGCAGAGCGAGCAAAGCAAAGGCCUCCUGAUGCCUGAUUCAGCCUCGGACUCCAGCUUCUCCGCCAAUGGUGCGGUGCAAAAGGCCAGGAGCGCCUCCUUCUUCAGUGUCCCUGGCCUCUUUGUGGGGUUGAGCACCAAGGUCUUGCCAGAUUCUGAGUCAGCCAAGAGCCCGACCUCUCCCUUGGACUCCAAGGUCUUUUCCAAUCGGGGCAGCUCCUUUGUUAGGUCCCCAAGAUCACCAGGUCCUGAGGGGCAGCCAAGGAGCUGGCACUGCAGCAAGGUGGGCCUUGGUCUGGUGGAUUCUCUAAACGACGAGUCCAAGGCUGGUGGGAAGGUGCUGGGGUUCUCUGAGAGCAGCAGCAUAUUACUUGGGUCACGGAUGAGGAUUAAUAUCCCGACCCCCAAAACCCUCCUGGAUGGUGGCAUCAGAGACGAGCUUCUAGGAGCAGUUACUCCCAAAUCUCUCCCUGAGAACGUCGGGACUUGCACAAAACCUGGCAUUGGAUUGCCUUCCUCUCGAUUUUGCUGCUCGAAACUGGCCAUAGGAUCCAAAGGAGCUGAAUUAGAGCCCGGGGAAUUUGGAAAAAUUCGAUGUUGGUCAAUCGAUAUCGGUAGCUCAUCACUUCGGCCGACUCUUUUUAUGUACCAUAAUCGCAGGUCCGGUUCUGAAAUUUUCCCAUCCGAUUCGAAGAACUCUAAAUUGGAUUCUCCUGCAUUAGUUCGAAAAGCCACCAAUUUUGACAACUUUUCGGGGUCUCUCCCGAUGUCCUUUGGCUCAUCUCGUGGAUUCAUGGCUUCUCUGUCGGCGAGUGAGAUCGAGCUGUCGGAGGACUAUACCUGCAUUAUUUCACAUGGUCCUAACCCUAAGACAACUCAUAUUUUUGGGGAUUGCAUUCUUGAAAGCCACAGAAUUCCGUCACCAGAUUCUAUGAAUAAGCUUGGAAAAGAAGGGGGAGGCUCUUCCUGGCUGGUUGAGUGCCCUGAGGAUUCACCACCCUGCGCCUCCAAUGAUUUUUUGAGCAACUGUUUCUCCUGCAAGAAGAAAUUAGAGGGGAAAGACAUCUUCAUGUACAGAGGUGAGAAAGCAUUCUGUAGCUGUGAUUGUCGUAAUAAGGAAAUUUUGAUCGAAGAGGAAAUGGAGAAGCCGGCGACUGAUUCUUCCGAUUCUCCUUGUUCAUCCUUCCAUGAGGAGAUAUUCAUGGCUGGGAUGGCUGUGGCCUCAUAGGCUGGAGGAUUGAUUGAUGAGUCCCAACCCAUCGAUCUGUGAGUGAUGAGAUUCCAAGGUAAACAAUUUUACUGAAUGUUUUGUGUGGGGGUCUUGGUGGCCAUGGGUGAUCACUAUGUACAUUCAUCUGUUUGCUGAUUUUGUUUCAGCCCUCAUGGUGAUGCUGGUGGGUUGUGGCUGGAAAUUGCCGUCUUUUUUCUUUUCCCCUUCUAUUGCCAGAUAUCAGCAUUAAUGGAUAAACUUUGCAUUCUCUUAUAAUUUUGAUCACUAUUAAAUCAUGGCACCAAUAAUAGGCUACCAGUUUUAUGAUAACUACCAAUUCAAAAUGGAAGGGCAGUUUUUUCUGAUCACUACCAGAAAACUCCCGUAUAACUUCAAACUCCCUUAAGAAAAGACUUACGUUUCUUUCAAAAAAUUCUGGAGAACUCAUCAAAAGACUUAGAUAGUGGAAGGGGUAUUUGGGCUUGUGAUCUAGAGGGUGUUUUCCCAUCUGGGUGAUUGAUUACACUCCUGACCACCAGGGACACCAAGAAUUUGUGAUUCAAUUUUUCUAUCAAAAAUAAAGGAAUUUCUGCGCUUCAAGAUGUAAUUCUAAUCUUUAUUUGUUUACAAUCACAAAGGGUGGUAGCCACUGCACGGGCUCCCCAUUUUUCCCCUUCUCUUCCUUCCCUUGCAGCAGUUAAUGUAUAAUCUUCAUGAACUUUAUAAGUUAAUGAAUAUGAGCCUAUCUUAUAUAAUUUAUUU